AUGUCUAUAUCCGCUGAUUCUAUAAAGAAUAAUGAUGAUAUUUUAUUUACAAAUAAUGAUAAUGUUUUCGAUGAAAUUCUUGAAAUUGACUCUAGGCGACUUCGUGCACUUCACGAAAUAGAUAAUGCAAAUUUUCAAUGGUUUCAUAUUAGGGCUUGUGUGGUAUCUGGAGUUGGCUUUUUUGCGGACGCUUACGACUUGUUUGUCAUAAAUUUGGUUUCUACUAUGAUAGGUUAUAGUUACUUUAACCAUGACGGUGAAGUUCCAGCAAAUAUCGAUAUGGGAUUAAAAGUGUCUGCUGCAUGUGGAACUCUAGUAGGUCAAUUAUUUUUUGGUUGGUCUGCUGAUCAUUAUGGAAGAAAAAAAAUGUAUGGUUUAGAACUAUCAUUAAUGAUCGUCGCAACGGUCGGCUCUUCGAUGUGUGCGGAUUCAUUUGCUGUUACUCUUUGGGGCUCACUAAUAUUUUGGCGGUUUGUAUUAGGUUUAGGAAUUGGUGGCGAUUACCCUUUAUCAGCUGUUAUCACAAGCGAAUUUGCAACGAUAAAGAGACGGGGUGCAAUGAUGGCUGCCGUUUUUGCUAUGCAAGGUUUUGGGAUUUUAUCCGCGGCUAUAGUAUCAGUGGUUGCUUUGUCGGUCUUCAAGAACGAGAUAAUAGAAGAUUUCAGAUAUAUUGAUUAUGUGUGGCGAGUAGUAUUGGGGUUUGGUGUAGUUCCGGCAGUUAUAGCGUUAUAUUUUCGAUUGACAAUCCCUGAAACACCACGAUAUACGAUGGAUGUAUUGCAUGACAUCGAAAGAGCAACUCACGACAUCGAUGUCCUAUUAGUGAAGGAUAGAUAUAUUGACGCUAAACACAAACCUACUUAUAUAGUAGAAGCUCCUCGCGCAAC